AGUCCUAUUUAGUAAUGCACACUGGUGUAGGAAGUAGUCUGGAGGACUGGGCUAGAUUCCUUUCAUUUACACACUGAUUGGAUUGGAUUUACAAAGAGCAGAUCAAGGGAGCUGCUGUUUCGGGGAAUGGCAGACCCAAUGAUGAUGCAAGCCAUGCAAAACGGACAUCCCAAUUAUAGGAUGAACAUGAGCAGUAUGCAGUCUCAACCACAUCCUCAUUCUGCUAGAAGUAUGCCUUCAAUACCAAUGAUGCAAUAUGGAGUUGGUCAUCCAGAUGGAAAUAUGAGGGCGCGGAUGAAUAUGCAUCAGCAUGUGGCAAAUCCUAUGAUGUACCCUGGACAAGCUCAAUCCUAUAUGGCGACUCAGCAACUAAUGGCUACAAUGCAUCUUCAAAAACUCAACACUCAGUACCAGGGACAUCCAAUGAUGACUAAUACUGGACUUGUACAGGGACUUCCAGCUUACAAAAUGGCACCAAAUCACCACCAAAACAUGCCUACAUUAAAUGUGACAGAUGCUGACCUCAUUGAUGAGGAUGUAUUAACAUCUCUGGUCCUGGAAUUAGGUUUGGACAGAAUCGAAGAGCUACCUGAACUAUACUUGGGGCACAAUGAGAUGGAUUUUAUUUUGGACUUUGUAGGCAAGCAGCAGGUUAGCACUGUAACCUGCUGAAGGACAGUUUAUUAAUAGGCAACUGUGAAACUAAGCUGCACUGUAUAUGGCUUCCAGAGGUCCUAAGUUUAAUAACUCACUGCCCUCGAUUCGAAACAAAACGUGGUAAAAUAAGGCUCUCUGGACUAUAUUAACAAUCACGAGAGAUUCAUUUCUUAUUUCAUAUACACAAUAAACAUACCUAUAGCUGAAGGCUUCAUGUAACAAUUGGAAGAUAAUUACCAUAAUGCAUUUGACUGAAAACUUUGCACCAAACCAUUUAUUUGUAUCAUUUCCUCGCCUUGAUCGCCAGUAACAAUAUCAAUUGCAAUAAUUCCACUUAUUUCAUGUCAUUUUACUGGUGAUGGUUUGUUUACAUUUUCUUUGAAUGCACAAUCAGUUUGGUGUAUAAUAUAUUUUUUUUCAUUUACAUGGAACAAUUAUUGCUCCUGAUUUGCACUAGACUGCUAAAAGCUUAUUAUUGCUUUACUGUCACUAGGGCUUGCUCAGUAUACUAGGCCUAAACCAUUCUUAAACCAGGUUCACCUUGUGCAGCUUUUGAUGUGUUGUCUUUUAGAACAAGCCAGGACUGGAUCUUAACUGGAUUGAGUUCCGAAUGCUGUGUGCGGGCUUCCAUGUUCACGCCCACCCCCUUGUGACGUCACAGCCUGCCCCCUGAAUGAAAGUCUAUGGGAAGGGGGCGUCACGGCAUUGAGGGGGCGGGACAUGACGUCACAUGAUGAGGCGUGACGUCACGAGGGGGCAGGAAACGGAAGCCCGCACACAGCAGUCGGAACUCAAUGUUCCGGAUGCUGGGUAGCGGAGUAACCCUUUAAAGAGAGGAAAGGCUUCUUUUUUAGGCAAAACUUGUAAUUGGAGAGUCUGGCAUUAAAACUGUUAUAUUGUUUCAGACAAAUUAUUCUUAGUAGCCACAUCAAUAAAAAAAACUAUUAUAAAGUAGCUUAAGGUACUGGACGCAUGUGCCCUUAUGAUUAGGUUUCUACACACACUUUCUUUUUUUGUUUUUUGUAAACUGCCUCUGCAGUUGUUGAGACAAAGCCAGAAGUGUAUGCAAAAGAAAUGGGAAAUAUAAAGGAAGGACUUAUACUUCCCCUUUCUUAUGGAUAAACUUCUGAGUUUGUCUCAAUAACUGCACUGGCAAUAUUUAAAAAAAUGGCCAAAAAAAAAAACCUGUGUGGAAACCUAGCCUAUUUUUGGCUUUUAAGUUUGUGUUCAGGUAUAAACCCACGUGCAAUGUCAAAUAAUUAUAUAGAAUUUUGGAAAAAAAUAAAAAAAAUUGCACUGUACAGUUGGGUGGUUGCAGGUUUAUGGAGAUAUUGUGGAUGAUUCCAUUACAGUAAAUGCAGAUAGCCAUACAUGUUCUUAAUCUAAAACAUAAAACAAAUUGGAUAGUUACAUUGUAAAUGAUAAAUAAAAGAGAAAUGAUGAAAUGGCAUUUGUGGACUUAAACAUUGCUGUUAAGAUUAAAUCUAAAUAGAAUGAACUUUAUUUCCAACAUAAUAUGACCUCACUAAAAUUCUGCUGUCCCCUGAAAUCGACCUCAAUAGACCAAAUGUAGUCUUUUGACUAUGAUUGGUCUGUUUUACGCUGAUAUACAUUUUUUGUGAGACAAAAUACCUUAGGAAUCUACACUAUUCUAUCUCACAAAUGAAACGUAUGGAAGAUAUCAGAUGCUAUCUUUAUGAGGGACUUUCUUGUGAAGACAAACCCUAUAAAAGGUCUACAAUGGCCCCUAUACAUUGUAGAGCAAAGACGCUAAGCAGCAAAUCCCUGAAGGUUAGGGUGGCUGACUUUCAUAUGACAAGGCGUUGUGUAAUAACCGAAUAACCAGUCAAGCAACUGUAAAAGAGGGAGUAACCUGUCAAGAAAUUGUUCUCCAAUAGUGAGUCUUUGCUCAAUAGUGAGCCACUCCGUUUAACACAGUCUAAGAGAACACAGGUUUUCACCCUUUCACCGCUACACUGAAGUUAUCUGCUAUGUAACCUUAAAAAUAAUACUCUGUAUGAAAAACAUUUUUUUUAAAUCAACUGGUGGC